AUGGGUUGGCUGAAAAACAUCCAAAAGCUCAAGUUCAAGGAUCUGGAUCCUUUCAACAAGAACUCUCAAGUGCGAGAAGAGUUGGCGAAUCUCGACAAAAAUGCAAUCCAGCCAGUGUGGGAUCAAAUUAUUGACCCUCUUUUGCUUGACCCAAUUGCCAAAGCCUACAUCGAAUACGUAGAAGCUCAGGCCAGGGGGAAAUAUAAACCCUUACCUAAAUGGCUCAAGUUAGUCCUCCAAGAGCUCAAGGCGUAUGAUGUCGACCUCAGCAAAGUCUGUUACGCCGAAGGAAUCAAUACUCUUCAAGAAGAUAAUGCGAUCACGUUCGGGAACAACAUACACUUUCCGAGGGCUAUCAAUAUCGAUCGGUAUGAUAACGGGGCCAAAUCCGACGUACAUUGGAUCCUUCAUGAGCUAGAACAUGUCGUGCAGUAUAAGAAGCUUGAGGGAAUUAGCGCUUUUGUCAACAAGUACAUUAUUCAGGCUGGAGUCGGCAGCAUUCAGCAUAUUGAAAAGCUGGGCAAAUCAUGGCCUUCCUUCGUGAACAAAGUUCACAACAGUAUGCCUAUUGAAAUUGAUGCAGAAAACAAGGCCAACCAAAUGAUCGACACUGUUAUGACAGCCCGCGACGAACUUUCACUGGAUCGUAAGACAACUCUGGGCCGCAACCUAGGCUCACGAAUCCUUCUGCAGAACACCACAAUGUACGAAGGUGACUAUUUGCAAUCUGAAAACGCUCUGUACCGCUUCAUUCUGCAAGGUGACGGCAACGUGGUGCUAUACGCACCGGAGAACAAAGUACUUUGGGCCAGCUCCACUGACGGUAUGGGGAGGCCUCCCUAUCGAAUCGUGGCACAGGAUGAUGGAAAUGUGGUCCAGUACGAUGGACACAACACACCGGAGCACGCUUUGUGGAGAACCGGCACAAAUGGAGUGGGGGGAGAAGUCCUCAUUCUUCAGGAUGACGGUAACCUGGUCCUUUACGCCAGCGGGAACAAGCCCGUGUGGGACUCAUUCAAGUUCUCAAAUUGA